AUUAGGUCUUUUUUCAUGAUUUACCUAAUUUUUUAACCAGUUGUAUGUAUUAUAUUUGAGCGAGGGGAGAAUUUUAUUCCGUUGUUUUAAAAGAGGGCGAAAGUACCCCCCGCAAAGUUUGAGGCUAUAUUCUACAGGCAAAAGUUCCUGUCAAAAAUCCGUUUAAUUUAAAAAAAAAAAAAAAAAAUCCUGUAGAAGGAAACAGUAAUCUUUUCAUUGACUUUGAUGAGUUCUCUUAUCACACAAAUCGCUCUCCUGAAAAAUAUGCAUCCGCAUUUGCCUCUAUAAUGAAGUGAAGGCGUAACUACCUUUUGAGAUAAACUUUGUAAGAACUCUGAUCCAAGUAGGUAAUGAUGCGCUUUUGCGUCAUAUUGGAUACAAGCUAUUAACAGAACUUUAUCGGGCUACUUUUACAUUCCAGAAAUCAAUUCAAAGACUUUGAAAUUUUAAUUUUAAGGCUUUCAUAUUUACUCAACGUUGGCAAAAUACAGAAAUGUGUCACCCUUCCAAUCCAUCCAAAAAUGUGUCGAUUGAAGAUGGUCCUGCAGAGGCCAAUGUUCAGUACAAGUACACUCGGAGAUCGGCGUUUGCGCAAAUAUUGGCAACGCUUAUCCAAAACUGGUUGCUUAUCGAAAUAGGUCUCGAUUGGGCGAUGCCGACGAUGGUCAUAGGCGCGCUUCAUCGAAAUUCUGAAGAAUCAUUUAACAUGGACGACGACGAAGCUUCAUGGUUCGGUAGCAUUCCAUCCAUCUGCCAUCCUCUGGCAAGUCUCUCCUCUGGCUACUUUCAGGAGCUGCUAGGGCGGAAAUCGACCAUGAUCCUCGUCACAAUACCAACGUGUGCUGCGUGGAUCACCCUGUAUUUCGCCCAGUCUGUCCAAACUCUGUACUUAGUCGCCGGCACCAUGGGCAUAUGCACAGGGCUCACCGAAGCCCCCCUCCACUCAUACAUCGGCGAAAUCGGAGAACCGCAUCUUAGAGGAUCCCUCUCUACGCUCUCCCAAUCUGCUGGUUUCAUAGGUGUUUUCUUGAUGUACCUUUUAUGCUAUUUCUAUGAUUGGAGGACGGUUGCCUUGAUUUGCAGCGCAUGUCCCAUCAUCACUUUCACAUCGAUGACCCAAAUACCUGAGUCCCCUACAUGGCUCAUUGUGAAGGGUCGUUUCGAGGAGGCUAAAAAAUCUUUGUGCUGGCUUAGAGGCUGGGUGAAACCAUGCGAGGUGGAGGAAGAAUUUCAAACUUUGGUAGACCACACAAAAAAAUCUGUCAAAUCAAUUGACUCUACGCAAAUGGUCGAAGAUUGUGCAUCAGCGAAGAUAGAUGGCUACCUUCGGAUGCAAUUUGAGAGGCUUACGAGUAAGAAAGUUUUACUUCCUCUGGGGAUGGUUUGCAUAGUUUUUUUCUUCAGUGUUGUGGCCGGCUUUGUUGGUAUCAGGCCAUACCUGAUCGGUGAAUUGAAGAAAUUAGGCGUUCCUAUUGACCCUAAACUAAUUUUGAUUGCUUUCCAGGUCUUGGUAUUUGUUGGUGCUAUGAUGAACGUUCUGUUAUUGCGUCGAUUCGGCAAGAGAAGAAUUGCGCUUUUCUCUUAUUCGACGCACGCUUUUUCCAUCCUGGUACUUGGUAUCUACUGCUCCUCCAUGGAAAGUUUGGAGCAAUUCCCACAACUGGCAUGGCUCCCGGUUAUUUUCAUGCUCACGCUUGGUUUUCUCACCGGGUUUAGUUCCACACUUUUACCCUGGCAAUUGGUGUCCGAACUCUUUCCGAUAGUAGGUCGUGGCCUUGCAAGUGGUAUAUCGGCAGCUUGGGCGUACAUCGUCGGCUUCAUCCUUGUCAAAUCGUUUCUUUACACAGAGACAUGGAUAGGCUUAAGCGGCGUGACGUACGCCUAUGGAGCUGUUUCAGUGAUAGGCGUCGCUUAUAUUUACUUCUAUCUGCCGGAGACCGAAGGCAAGACGUUAGAACAGAUCGAAAAGUACUUUACCAAAAAUCACGAUCGGAAAGAGAAAUUCUCCAUAGGAAAAUCAACCAACAAUUCCGGUUUGGAGCAUUCGUCGUAGAUUCACAUAAAAAAAUAAAUUGAUCGAUAUACACCAUCGGUCUAAAUUAAGACUAAGUCUCAUCAUCUAGCAGAAAGCUCAGAAGUAAAAAUCUGAAAUAAAAUUUUGAGCCUCA